ACGUCGUGGAAAUAACACUUGUUGAACCUUGGGAGGGAGUUCCUGGCUCGCCGCUAGACCGUUUCGUAUCGGUGAGUUGACGGUGGUGGCUCAUUCUAACGGUGCGAUUUUCAAAAAACGGUCCCACACGGCCACGUGAACGGAAGCAACAGAGUUUACUCCAAACCCUAUACAGUGCACCUUUGAUUAGAAGCACGAGAACGUUUGUUUUACAAUUAGAGCAACGUUUCAUUGCUAGUGCAUACCUGUUCGACCUGCUGCAUCAGAUACAUUCCCGUCUGUUCGUUCCGGGUUGGCCGUUUGCACAUUCCGACGGUGUAAAAUCCGAAACCUCUCUUACAUUACUUUGGUUUUCUUUUUGUGCAGACCACGUGAGUGCAUUGCUGAAGCAUUGUUUCGUACCAAGGAAGUUACUGUUUCCGUACGUUCUGUUGUGUGAAACUCAGUUUUGAAAGACUUAUGGUGUUUGAAAAGUGAACAGAAAACUUGUGAAAUUCCGGAAGUUUGACGUCCAGUGUGUCUCAACGCAGCCGUAGUCGAACGUUUUUGGUGAAUCUCAGUGACAUUGCAAACCAAAAUGAAGGCAACCCUAUGGCUCUGGACGGCGGUGAUGGCGUUGCUGUGCGUAAGCCUGCAGGUGUCCGCCCUACCGUACAGUGACAGCCGCGUUGUACAGGAAAACAGUCUACUUUCGCUGAAAAGGACGAAACCGUCGCUGUCGAUCGUUAACCCGCUGGAUGUGCUACGGCAGCGAAUCAUCCUCGAGAUGGCUCGAAGGCAGAUGCGCGAAAACACUAGACAGGUCGAGCUGAACAAGGCACUGUUGAGGGAAAUCGGUAAGCGAAGUAGCAACCUGUACGAUGGUUCCGAAUACCCACCGGACUACACCUACUACGACCGCAAGCUGUACAAUCAGCACGUCCAACCAAUGCCCGACCGCGGCAGUCCCGCCGAGGAUGAGCUGGAAGCGGUCGUCGAGAGCCUGCUGCGCAACCAAGGACUGACCGCAAGGGACGGCAAUUACGCCGGCAAGCUUCAGCGAACACGCUUCAUCAAUGGUCGACCAAUGCCCGCCGCCGCCGCUAGCCUUCGUGGAAUGGGGAGCAACCCGAUGGCUCAGCACGACCAGCCCCAGCAGCUAAGCAGUCUUUUCAGCAACGAGGAAGAACGGGAAGAUCUCAAGACAAAGGAUCAAGCUCUCAGGCAAUCGCUCUCGGUGGGCCAGGAUCUGGACCAGACGAACGGUGGCAACGGUGAGGAGGACGAGGAUCAGGACGGGCACCAAGCAGGACGGGUCAGUGGUACCGGCACUGGUGUAUUGAAGCCCAUGCAGGACGCAGACCAGCUGCUGGAGCAGCCCAACCAACCAUCCGUGUCAUCGUUGUCAUCGUCGUCGAGUGAUCGAAACAGUGGCACCGAGUUUGGACCACGGUACGUCUACGGUAUGUACAAGAACCGAUACGCCAACUAAAUCUCCGAUGCACACGCGCACACAGUAUCGACAACCCACACGACUACAUGACGCCACUCUACAGGAACGGUUCUGGAAACAAGCACCUAUCUGCGUAACGUAACGUUUGACCCAACAGGUACACUGUAUAUCCUAAUUGCCAAAACAGAAGAAUAAGAGAAAGAAGAUGAAAAAGGAGAAGUGCAAAAAAACACUAACAAAAAAAGAAAUACAAAUUCAAAAGAAAGGUUAGGCUCAACACAGCGACAAGUUCGUAGGUCGCUCGCUUUUAUUCAAUGGACUAAUAAAGACACAAAAGAAUAUUACUACAAACCAACCAGAACAACAAAAAACAAACAUACACAGCUACAUUGAAACCCUUUUACACUAGCGAGAAAAAAAAGAACAAAAUCCCUCCUAUUUACACACAUUUAGAUACUCUUAAUAGGGAGCUGGUAUUUCACAGACGGUCCUACCGCAUGGAAAGAAAAUCGCACGAGUUAAAUCAAUAAUCCUUGGCUUAAUUUGCUUAGGGAAUCUAUCCUCCGGAACACAGUUAUCAUACGUACUAAAGCGCUUGAACACACUUGAAAACGCUACCAAGCAUCCUUCCCUCAUUGAUAGAUAGUCACCGAGCGUACGUAUCAAGGACUUAUGACGUUGGCGAAACCUUAUCGCUGGUAUGGAUCGUUUUAACGGACCUCGGGAACUCUUCAAGUUCAAGAAACGGGAAAAAUUAAGUUCAAUUUCAUUGAUCUUUUGUUUAGUUGCUUGAUGUUCGUCUGCUUCAAGAAAAUGUCAGAAAAUGUUCACCUACCAACCAAGGUUGCCCCUUUGAUCGUGGCUUCAAAAGGCAGCAAUAGAGCAGUUAGAGCUGUCUAGCCGAUUGUCUCUAUGACCCGUAAUGUGUCUAGAAAUAUUGAAGCGUUAAAUUACGCGACCCAAUAUCAUACUGCUUCUCGAAAAAGUGCUCCAGGUACUUGCAUGCAUGAGCUGAUACAACGAAACCCCGCACCAAGGCCGGGAUGCACUCUACUCGAUGCGUGACACGGCACCAUUUGGCAGCCGGGUGAUAAGCGUUAGCUCGGUAGACAAAGGCAUCCCCAGGAUGGGCAAGAAAUUGAAGAAACACGCACAGCACAGCCCUCCCUAACCAUUCUAUUUUUGUUUGGGUAAUAUUAUUUCGUUUAUAAAACCAUCCCACCGACAAAACGGCACCUUUCUCACAUCCGUUAAGUACACGGCAAGGCAAAUGUGUGAACCCCGCGUGUGGAUGGUGCGGAAUUUCCUCUCUUGCCAAAGAGCCUUAUCGCUUUUGUUAUGGCAGUUUUCCUCGCAUGCUGCUCUCGAGUGUAAGCAAGCAUAAUGCACUACACCAUGAAUAAAUCCUACCACCGCCGUUGACGCUUUCCACCGUAUUGCCGGAGGUCGCCUAAUUGUUCAUAAUUCUUCACAUCGCGAAAGUAAGUACUUUUUACGCUGCUGUCUGCUUUCAUGCUGGAGCCGGGUUGUUUGAAUACAGUUUUCGUUUCACUGUCUCCCUCUCGGUGAAGUUUUCCCACCGUUUUGGUAUGAUCUUUUCGGAUGUUUCUUCCGCAUUCCAUCCACACAAGCGGAGGUGACACUCGAAAGAAGGCCAAAAAAACUGCCCCAAAAGUGCAGCAGGUGGAAAAUUUUUACGGAAUCCAAAAAAAACCCCUCUGCCUUUCUCAGACAAAUGAAAAAGGCGAAACGGUUGGCUGUAUCGUCACCAGCGUUACACCGGUGACUGGAAUAGGCCGAACAUUACGGAUGCUGCUGCUGUUGGGAAGCGAUCAUUUCACUUCGUACCAACGGGGGAACAAAAACGAAGUAGCGUAGGACUGAAGCGUGAUGGUUGGCUUGGCAACCUUGAAGCAAAGCAGAGAGCAGCUGGGAAUGCCCACUGUGAGCGUGAAGUAUGCGUGCUUUGCCAUCAUUUGACAGACUUUAUUGAUGCUGGGCGCUUUGCACCAUUCUUCAUAUUGUUUUUUGGUUGUUUCUUUUUUUCUUCUUCAUUUUGUUUUUAUCAUUUCUUGAGAGCGCCGGAGAACCGCUAAGGAUUAGCUGAGUGGUAUUUCGAGAGCAUUCGCGCGCACAUUAAAUCUUGUGGCUGGCAAGACUUUGUGCGGUGUGGAAGCUUCUCAUUGCUAAUGCAAGCGCUCAAAGGUUCAAGCACCGGUCAGUGAAAGCACCCGUCAUCGCAAACGUCAUAAGGCCUUUUUCGUUGCAAUGUCCUGAUAAUCAGUGUGAUGUCCUUUAAUAGUCUGUUUGCUAACCAAACUAGAACAUCUCCAUUGGCUUGAUGGAAGAUUUUUAUUUCCAUCUACACUGUAUGAUUUACGUACAAACAACAUUCUCUUCUGCACCGAAACAUGUAAGUAUGUGUCUUUAGGAUAAAGUUGCAAUAAUUUUUAAAGAAAAACUCAAACCACCAAAUAAGAGUUUAGUAGAAACAAACUGAAAACAAAACAUAGUUCUUCAUCCUCAAAUUUAGAGCGCUUGAUUUUGUAAAGUGUAAACAAACCGCUGACCGCCAAAAAAGCAAACAACGCAUGUAUAAAUAAUUUAUUGAAUAAACAGUAAAAACCAAAACAAAACAAAAAAAGACCCCAUUCAUAAACUAUCUCGCGUAAGGGUCAUGGAUUUAGCAAUGGCAGGAAAGCUUAUCUCCAGUAAGCGUCAAAAAGCCCAGAAAUGGUUGUUUUUUUUUCUCGUGCUCCUGGUCAAGUGGACCAAAGCCGAGGACUACACCGUUUACUGAGGUUCCGCGUAGCGAAACUAGCAAGCCUAAUAAGAAGCAGGGAAAUGGAAUAAACAAUAGAAAGUAAAAUAGUGUUGAUGGAAUGGUAAAGAGCAUUCACACGUAGAAAACAAACUGAAAACCAAAACUAAAUCAUAAAAACGGAUACGGAUAAGAAGAGAGCAAACGGAAUGCAAAACAUUACUCGUAAGUACGUUAAAUCAACGGAGGAGAAGGGAAAGCUUUUCACGGAUUACACCAUGCAGGCUGCUGCUGGUGAACGGGGAACGGUGAAGAGGAGUAAAGAUUGUUAAAUCAAAUGCUAUACGAAUAAUCAUUGCCGAGACGGGGGGUCGAUGGAUCUGUACGCAGGAAUAAUGGACCGUUUCUUAGUCCGUUAUUACGCGGUAAAACGAUGAGCUAAGCCCGCUAGAUCAUAAACAUAAUGUUACAACAUGGAGCAAUGCGAAAGGCAAAGCUGGACAACUAACACGAACACUAAGAGGCUUACUCUUUUUUUUUAAUCUACCUAUCUGCACUGGCAUCAAGAAGGGAUAAGCCAACGAAACGAAUGGAAAGAUUACAAAGGAUGUGCGCGAUGCGUGUGAGUGGAGAAAAUGAAGGAAGAGCAAACGACAUUAAGAAAAUAUACGGACAUCUAACAUCUAACUGGCAAAA